AAUACUUUUCCAAGACUUGAAAUCAACUCGUGACGAAGCGAUUAUAUAAUAAUUGUGUAUACAUAUAUACUUAACAUAGUGAAAUAUUUAUAUAUAAUUUUGUUUUGUUAUUAUUAUUGUAUUUAAAGUUAAUAUUAUUGUUUGUUUUGAUUAACAGCUGAUCGCCAUCGUAUAUUUUAUUUAGUAUAUUGUUGUUGUUACCAGUGUUUUGUUAUUCUGAUGCUGCCGCCGGUUUCUUAAAAGUUUUUUUUUCAUUUUUGUUGUCUUUUAUAUUUUCUUUGAAUAUUCUUAUACAUUAAUCUUUAUAACCUGUUGAAUAGGUGUGCACAACUAACUAUACAUGCAUAAUACUAUAUAGUAUAACAUUAUAAUAUAUGCAUUUUAUUAGUAUAUAACAAUAUAACGGGAAUAAAACAAAAGAAAAUAUCAAAAUAAUAAAAAAAAAAGAUUUUUACUGAAUUAUAAAAGAAAAUAAAUAAAAAGAAGAGAAAGAGAAGUGAGAAAAAAAGUGAAUUGGAAAACUUAAAACUGUUAAAAUGUCACUUAAGAAAGAAACACCAUCAGAUAUACUUUUACAUUUGGCAGCAUUACGAGGUGAUGAGAUCACAUUAAGAAGAGUAUUAGAAAGUGGAAAAGUACAUGUGGAUUGUAAAGAUGAAGAUGGUACCACCCCUUUAAUAUUAGCUUCAGCGAGUGGGCAUAGUCCAUGUGUUUUAGAGUUAUUAGAACAAGGUGCUGAUCCAAAUGCUAAGCGUUGUACAGGAACAUCACCUUUAUUUUUUGCAGCUCAAGGCGGUUAUUUAGAUGUAGCAAAAAUUUUAAUAAAAGCGGGUGCAAAUGUAGACAGUCCUUCUGUGGACGGUGGUACACCAUUAUUUGUUGCUUGCCAAGGUGGCCAUGUUGGCAUAGUAAAAGAAUUAAUUGAAUGUGGAGCAAAUGUAAAUAGCUGUAUGAAGGAUCGCGCCACACCGGUUUUUGUUGCAUCACAAAAUGGUCAUCGUACAAUAUUACUUUUAUUAUUGGCAGCUGGAGCAAUGGUCGAUUCAAAACGUAAUGACGGUGCAACACCAUUAUGGAUCUCAUCACAAAUGGGUCAUGAUCACAUUGUUAAAAUACUAUUACAACAUGGUGCUAGUGUUGAUGCUGUAAGAUGUGAUGGUGCGACACCUUUAUUUAAAGCCGCCCAUAAAGGCUAUUCAGCUGUUGUAGGUGAAUUAUUAAAACAUAGACCAAAUUUAGGAUUAUUACCUAAUGGUGAAACAGCAUUACAUGCAGCAGCUAUGUUUGGACAUUUAUCGGUUGUGAAACAAUUAUGUGCCGCUGGUUCUGAUAUUUUAUUAAAAAAUCAUGAUGGUUUAACAGCGAUACAAGUAGCAAAAGCACAAAAAUAUAUGACCGUUGUGGAUUAUUUACAAGAUCGUUUAAGACUAAUGUUAAAUCAUAAAUAAAAUAAUAAUAAAUAUUAUAUAUACAUAUAUAUACAAAUAUAUAUAUGCAUAUGUAUAUAUAUAUAUAUAUAUAUAUAUAUUAAUAAAGAAGGAUUACAAAAAUUUACCAAAAUUAAAUUAAAAAAAAAAAACAAGAUGAAUAAUUAAAUUAAUGAUAUUCUUUAUUAUUAUUAUAUAAUAUAGUUAUGUAGUUAGAUUUUCAAAAUUUCACAUUUAAAUACGAUAAAAUAAUAAUAAUACCAG